AACAACUUUUUACUGUGUGUUGUGUUCCCGUUCGAGUUCGACCUAAUUUCGCUCGAGACCUAAUUUUUGCGUGCGGAAUAGUUUUUCCCGAAAAAGUGAAGCCAGCGAAUAAACAAUAGCUGAAUGCGAGCGAUAGCCAAGAAAGUGAGAGUGAAAGUAAACAAAAGCGGAAAGGAAAAGAACUCUGGCGUUAAUUAUGUGUGUGUACAUACGUAUAUAUUAAAUAUUUCCGAUGCGUCCAUAACGGGAGUGUGUUCUGGCUUCCACCCGUCGCCGUCGCCCUCGUCAUCGCCUUUCCGUUCGCCAAACCCUAAUUUCGGUGUGCAAUUUUGUAUAAAAAUUAACACAAAGUGGGAAGAUAGCGUUGUGUCAUAGAAUUGGAGCAGAGGCAAAAAAACAAGGCAAAAUUAGCAAAAGCCAAGCGGAAAAACAACAACACAGAAUGCCCAGUGGAACCCCAGUACAUAUGUGUAUAUACAUAUGUGCGGUGCGAGCGUGUUAGUGUGUGCGUGUGUGUAGCAGGAAUUGCAAUUUAUAGUUGUUGUUUCUGAGAGCUUUCGCUUGUUGCGCGCGUGCGACGAUUGUGCAAGAAGUUCUUGGUGUGCGUUCGAAAUCGGGAAGAGGAAAUCAGCGAGAAUAGAGGCAGAGUAAAUGGCAAUAAAUGCAAAAUAAAUAAAAGAAAUAAAUUUAAAAAAAAAUAAAAAUAAAUUGCCCAAUGCGUUUGGCGUCGCGUGUGUGUGCGUGUUCUGAAAUAUGCUGAAAGAGCUUUCGGAGAGCGAGAGCCAGAGAGAACGAGACGAAGAGCGAUGCGAUCUGGAGAAAUAGCAACAACAAAAGCAACAACAGCAGCAACAGCAACUACGAUCGGCGAAAUGAAUCAGACACAAGCUUUGUUUUGCGAAUUAUAAAUUCGCGUUCCGUUCUCCACACAUGCGAAUUCCCACACUGAGAGCGGGACAGAGACAGCGAGAGAGAGGGAGAGCAGCUACAGCAGCAACAGAAACAACAAGAAGACCAACACAUAAUAAUAAAACUUUUGCUUUCGCUUCCAACUGGUUUUUGUAUACAUAAAAAGAGAGAGGGGGAGCGACGUGACGUGACGAGACGGGACGGAGAAAGAGAGAGACAGACAGCUUCCAGCUCUUCUUGUUCUUCUUCCGCGAUCUUCGUCUUGGAAUUCAUGGAAACUGGGCGCAUGCGCAACACACAAAGCUACAAAAGGAAAAACAACGACGUCAGCUGCAUGAAAGGUCUUUAAAGCAAUUAUAAACUUACAACUACUAUCGUUACCUGCCAUUACGAAUCAACAAAAGAAAUCCCACACAUCACAACGAAACGUACAAAAAAAAAAGUUAAAUUAUAUUAUUAAUAAAAUGGAUACCUUCAAUGUACCUAUGCUGGCGGAGAGCAGCAACGCCAAUUAUGCAACAGAAGCUACCAGCAAUCAUCACCACCUGCAACAUCAGCAACAACAUCAGCAGCAACAUCAGCAUCAGCAGCAACAUUCACAUCAGCAGCAGCAGCAACUCUUAAUGCCGCAUCAUCACAAGGAUCAAAUGCUGGCCGCUGGCAGUUCGCCCAUGCUGCCAUUCUAUUCGCACCUGCAGUUGCAACAGAAGGAUGCAACUGCAACAAUAGGACCUGCAGCAGCGGCAGCAGCAGCAGUUGAAGCGGCAACAACAUCGGCGAAUGCCGAUAACUUCAGUUCAUUGCAGACGAUCGAUGGCAGUCAACUGGAUGGAGGCAUCUCCUUGAGCGGCUUGUGCGAUCGCUUCUUUGUGGCCAGUCCGAAUCCCCACAGCAAUAGCAAUAUGACUCUAAUGGGCACUGCGACAGCAGCAACAACAACUACCACUACCAACAACAAUAAUAAUAACAACAACACCAACAAUAACAAUAAUAACACUAGCAACAACAACGUGGAGGCUAAGGCAGUGCGGCAUGGCAACGGCGGUUCGGUGAUCAUCGAAUCUGUGACGAUGCCAUCGUUUGCCAACAUUCUAUUUCCCACCCAUCGCAGCGGCAACGAGUGCAUUGAUCCCGCCCUGUUGCAAAAGAAUCCCGAAAACAAUGGCAGCAGCAACAGCAGCAUAAUUGUGCCCACUGUCGAAUACCAUCAAUUGAAGCCACUUGAAGUCAAUUCCUCGACUUCCGUUUCCACCAGCAACUUCCUGUCCUCCACAACGGCCCAAUUGCUGGACUUUGAGGUGCAGGUGGGCAAGGAUGAUAGCCACAUUAGCACCACUACCACCGCAGGGACAGGCUCUGUAUCGGGCACCGUAUCGGGAUCGGGGUCAGGAUCGGGAUCAAGUGCAAGCACAAUAGCCACGGCAACGCCCACGACGACCACAUCCAUGAAUAGCACUGCCAAUCCGACGAGGAGCUCAUUGCACAGUAUUGAGGAGCUGGCCGCCAGCUCCUGUGCCCCGCGAGCAGCGUCCCCCAACAGCAACCACACUAGCAGUGCCAGCACCACUCCGCAGCAGCAUCCACAUCCGCAGCAGCAGCAGCAUCACAUGCAGAGCGGCAACCACAGUGGCUCCAAUCUCAGCAGCGACGAUGAGUCCAUGUCCGAGGAUGAGUUCGGCCUGGAAAUCGACGAUAACGGAGGCUACCAGGACACCACCUCCUCACACUCGCAGCAGAGCGGAGGAGGCGGUGGCGGCGGCGGUGGCAACCUGCUCAAUGGCAGCUCCGGCGGCAGCUCCGCCGGCGGUGGCUACAUGCUGCUUCCCCAGGCCGCCAGCUCCAGUGGCAACAAUGCCAAUCCGAACGCCGGUCACAUGUCCUCCGGUUCCGUGGGCAACGGCGGCGGUGGCAACAACGGAGCAGGCGGCAACUCCGGAACGGGCAAUCCCAUGGGCGGCACGAGCGCCACGCCGGGACAUGGCGGCGAGGUGAUCGACUUUAAGCACCUGUUCGAGGAGCUGUGUCCCGUGUGCGGCGACAAGGUGAGCGGCUACCACUACGGCCUGCUCACCUGCGAGUCCUGCAAGGGCUUCUUCAAGCGCACCGUGCAGAACAAGAAGGUCUACACCUGCGUGGCGGAGCGGUCGUGCCACAUCGACAAGACGCAGCGCAAGCGGUGUCCCUACUGCCGAUUCCAGAAGUGCCUUGAAGUGGGCAUGAAGCUAGAGGCUGUUCGAGCGGAUAGAAUGCGUGGUGGACGCAACAAAUUCGGACCCAUGUACAAACGGGAUCGCGCGCGGAAGUUGCAAGUGAUGCGGCAGCGGCAGUUGGCGCUGCAAGCGCUGCGCAACUCGAUGGGUCCGGACAUCAAGCCAACGCCGAUCUCGCCGGGCUACCAGCAAGCAUAUCCAAAUAUGAACAUUAAGCAGGAAAUUCAAAUACCUCAGGUAUCCUCACUCACCCAAUCUCCGGACUCGUCGCCCAGCCCCAUUGCGAUUGCGUUGGGACAGGUGAACGCGAGCACGGGCGGUGUAAUAGCCACGCCCAUGAACGCAGGCACAGGCGGCAGUGGGGGCGGAGGUCUGAACGGACCCAGUUCCGUGGGCAAUGGCAAUAGCAGCAACGGCAGCAGCAACGGCAACAACAACAGCAGCACGGGCAACGGAGCGUCCGGAGGAGGAGGUGGCAAUAAUGCGGGCGGCGGAGGAGGAGGAAACAAUUCCACCGAUGGCCUGCAUCGCAACGGCGGCAAUGGCAACAGCAGUUGCCACGAGGCUGGAAUAGGAUCUCUGCAGAACACGGCCGACUCGAAAUUGUGCUUCGAUUCUGGCACACAUCCAUCGAGCACAGCCGACGCGCUAAACGAGCCAUUAAGAGUCUCACCGAUGAUUCGUGAAUUUGUGCAAUCGAUUGACGAUCGGGAAUGGCAGACGCAACUGUUUGCCCUGCUGCAGAAGCAAACCUACAACCAGGUGGAAGUGGAUCUCUUCGAGCUGAUGUGCAAAGUGCUCGACCAGAAUUUGUUCUCGCAAGUGGACUGGGCACGGAACACUGUCUUCUUCAAGGAUCUGAAGGUCGACGACCAAAUGAAGCUGCUGCAGCAUUCCUGGUCGGACAUGCUUGUUCUGGAUCACCUGCAUCACCGACUCCAUAACGGCCUGCCCGACGAGACGCAACUCAACAAUGGUCAGGUCUUUAAUCUGAUGAGCCUGGGCCUGUUGGGUGUGCCACAGCUGGGCGAUUACUUCAACGAGCUGCAGAACAAGCUGCGAGAUCUGAAAUUCGAUAUGGGCGACUAUGUCUGCAUGAAAUUCCUAAUCCUGUUGAAUCCAAGUAAGGCCGUAAAAAAUGCUUUGCGCAGGUUGACAACCUUCUUAAAACCUUUAAUAUUUACAAUAGGUGUACGGGGUAUUGUCAACCGGAAGACCGUCUCCGAGGGACAUGAUAAUGUGCAAGCCGCUUUGCUGGACUACACUCUCACCUGCUAUCCGUCAGUCAAUGACAAAUUCAGAGGGCUAGUUAACAUCUUACCGGAAAUCCAUGCCAUGGCCGCUCGCGGCGAGGAUCACCUGUACACCAAGCACUGUGCCGGCAGUGCGCCCACCCAAACGCUGCUCAUGGAGAUGCUGCACGCCAAGCGCAAGGGGUAGAGGCCGGGAGAACGUGACACGGAAUACUUAAUCAUUUAUGAAAUGUAAAUAACAAGGCGGGGCGUCCCUCAAGGCAAGGAGUCCCGGGAGUCCCGGGAUAUGGAAGGCGAACGAAGGAUACAGAAUUCCGUAUUAUGAAUAUGGGAAUGCAUCAUCACUACUACCACCAACACCACCAACUAUCACACCUAUACACACACAUGCACACAUUUGUUGAUUCAAUGUUAAUUAUUAUUACGUUUACGGUUAGGUCUAGUUUACGUUUAACUAAUUAAUUAAUUUGUCUUAAAUUAAUUCGUGUUUUAUUUGUAGUCCCUGAUAAAGCAAUUUUAAAACACUUGAACCUAAACGAGAAUAUGUAGAUGUAUGGAUUUAAAUUUUAAUACGGCAAGGAGAAACACACUUUUUUAGGCAUUACAAAAAAAAAGAAGCAUGAGAAAUUUUAUUUUUAUAUACCUAUAUGAAUACGAUACUUAUGGAUACAAAUCUAUAUAUAUUUUUAUGUAAAUUGGCGUACUUUUAAGCGUCCUGCAUAUUUUUAAUUAGAAUUUGGUUAUACUAUAGUUUUCAAAUUAAUAUCGUUCCCACUUGUAGAUCGAUUCUUGUAUUUUUUUGCGCCAAGUGUCUUGCAUAGUAUUUGCGUCUAAUCUAAUGGCAACAAAAAAAAUUGGAAAAUCCAUACAAAGAAAAUGAAAACAAAGCAAAUUUAGGUGUUCAUGGUAUGAAUGUAUGUGUAUAUUAUAAUUGUAAUUUCAUCUAAGUGUAAGAAAACAAUGCAAACAACUACCUACAACAAGAUAAUGAAGAGCAAGAAA